AUGACUGGACAGGGUUUGCCUUGCUGGGGUUUGUGUCCGGUCAACAGGGUCAACAGUUUCCAGCUGGGCAACAGUUUCCGACGGGUCAACAAUUUCCAUCUGGACAAUUUCAGCCUGGACAGACGCAACCGGGACAGCAACUUCAGCCCGGACAAGUUCAACCUGGACAAUUUCAACCCGGGCAAGUUCAACCGGGUCAGCAAUUUCAACCCGGGCAAGUUCAAUCGGGUCAGCAAUUUCAGCCCGGACAAACUCAACCGGGUCAACAGUUCCAACCCGGACAAGCUCAAUCUGGUCAACAAUUUCAGCCCGGACAAACUCAACCGGGUCAACAAUUUCAGCCCGGACAAGCUCAACCUGGUCAACAAUUAUUGCCUGGACAAGCUCAACCGGGUCAACAAUUCCAGCCCGGACAAAUUCGACCUGGGACAACAGGCGCAACCUGGUCAACAGACUGGACAGACUCAACCUGGUCAACAACUACCGGGGCAAAGGCAACCGGGUCAACCAAUCCAGCCCGGACAGGUUCAACCUGGCCAAGUAACAGAUCCGAACGGUCAAACGGCAACCAAUGCCCCGAAUACUGCCCCACAACCAGGGCAGUGUAUACAACAGGUCCAACAGAUCAGUGUGAAUUGCUUUAUGAAACAAGGGGUUCCGAUACAGCUUGCGGACGCCAUUAUUACCAACGGAACCAUGGUCCAGUUACCCCCUAAUGCCAAUGUUGCGGAGCUUCGAAACGCUCUUUGCGCGAUCAGAACAGAUCUUAUCCAAUGUAUCAUUCCGCCAACUUUAACCAUGAGAGGAGAAGGAGCGUGUAUCGACAAGAAAGAGUUCAACUUCGUGGAGGGACAAAUAGUGAACCGCAUCAACGCUCUACAGUCUGUUUGCGGAGCAGGAAAUCUUUCGCCGGCCAGUGAAUGUAUCAAAACCUUGAAACCUGACAUGCAGGAAUGUCACAACAAAGUGGGCUUCGAAAAAUCUAUGUUCAUUAGUAAUUCCUCCGCUGUCAAAGGAGCUCUCAUUGGACGGGACAAACCAUCUGCCGUGAAAUUCUGCGCUUCUCGCCUUGAGCUAUACCAAUGUAUGAGGGGUGUGAUUGAUGCCUGCCAGGGGGCCCGGGAAUACAUGUUACUGACGGGGUAUGACCACGAUUCUAUGGAGAAGAGUAUUGAAGUACUUUGUCAAGACAUUGAUGUGUACGUAAGCGGGUUAUCGUGUUUCCAAGAACCACCGCCCUCCGUCAUCGGCUGCUUCGAUAAUAUGAUGGCCAAGAUGAUUGAGUUGACGGCAAGAGAGAUCGAAAAUGUUGUCGACAAAGAAAAAUAUUUUAAAGAAUACUGCAGAGUAAGAGUUGAACAUCUCCAGUGUGACAUGAAGGGUUGGAAGGACAAGUGCCCUGCGGACAGCGUCGGGCUCAAGAAUGAGCACGAAUGUACACUACUUCCGGCUCGUUGUCAGAAGGACGCUUCGCUCAAUCAACAGUUAGGAAACGUAUGCAAGGCCUCUAAUUUUGAGCGGAAGUUACGUCAGUUGCAAACCAAUAAACAGGAAAAUGCGGCUGGAACGGUGUACAGCUCGGUUGUUGGAACAGCCAUCGGCCUAUUUUUCGCUGUGAUACUUAGUGCUUUAUAACGUGUAAUUAUGUAUAUUUCCUAAAUUAUUAGCUUUACAACAAAAAUAUCCAGUGGUUUGUAUAAUAUGAUGGAUUUUUAUAUGUAGAUUUAACUGCUUACUUAUAUUCUUUGUACAUAAUUGAAAGAAACACGAAGUUUUCUAUCAGAAACUUUGAUCUUGAGUUGUGUAGUCCCGUAGAUAUGGCUAUAAAACGUUUUACAUUGGAUAUUGUAUCUGAUGUGUGGGUCAUUUAUAGCGAUAUAAUAUAUAUUACAGAUCUUUUAUUUGUAAUACGUUAUGUACAUAUCCACCGAAUAGAAACGUCAGUUAUAAAACGGUGAAGCGUCUUGAUUGUUUUAUUCUCCAUUUUUCUUUAUUCAUUGUAUUCGUGUUGUCAAAUUCGGCCUUUAUUGAUAUAAAGGUGAUGUACAGGUGUAUGAUACUGUGGGUAUACAAUGGAGUAUUACUUUGCUCUAACGUUAGAUUGUUUUCUUGAGGUCCACUGGAAAAUGUGUUAUAUUGUUUCACUGAUGCAGGCCAUGUUUGUAAAAUUUAUACACUUUGUAAUUAGAAAUUAAAUGCCAAAUAAAUUCACAAAUAACAUGUAGUUCUUGGGAAAAA